AUGCUUCCGAGAGCGAUAUACCUUUCGCUCAUUUUCAGCUUCUUCUUCAACACAGCCCUGUCAUAUCCAACUUGGUUCUUGGCUGUUUUCCAGUUCCGAUGCAAAGCGCCAAGCAUAGUCGAAUCCUACAGCGAGGACUGGAAGGAAUGGAGAGUCUCGAGCAUUUGCGCGCCCGGGACUUGCUGUGCAACCAGCGCAGCGACCGGGCCGCUGUGCACCGUUGAGGCAUGUGAGAAGGCCGACCAGGAGCGGGAGCGGAAGCUCAAGUCAUACAACGCUGUCCAAGCUUCGAAGAAGAAGACCGAGGAGGCGAAGAAGGCGAAAGAGAUUCUGAGCAAGUCGUCAGAGUCGGAGACAAAGUGGAAGGUAGCAGAUUCUCAGGCUGAAGCUGAUAGGCAGAAAGCACUGGCUGAGAUCCAGUUGUCGGCUUGA